ACGCCGGGGUGUGGACGAGAAAACCAAGGUGAUGCAACUUCCAAUAAGCCAAAACUGGCGGAAAAACUUGUACACAGUGCAGAGUGCGACCAGGUGGCAGGAUCACCUCUACACGGCCAGAUCUCCUAACGACCGACAAAAGACAAACAUAGAAAAGUUUCUGGAUUAGGGCAGAAUUAGCACAAAGCAGCGACGCCACUUCAGCUACACUUGCAAGCAGCACAGAAGAAGGGGGGACAGAGACGGAGAGAGCGACGCGACGGGGGUGAAGACGCUCCAGCGAACCUCGACCACCUCAGAAAACUCCAAACUUUGCUGGGCGAGAGGCAGACGAGUCCAUCCCAGACACAGGGAGAGAGAGAGAGAGCGCGCGCGCGAGCGAGAGAGAGGCAGGGGAUCUUUGCCGACGAGGUCCUGAAGGAUGGAAGAGAAGCAGUUUGCUGGGAUCCUGAACGGAGCAGUUCCAGGAGAGCCAGUGAAGAAGGAUGAAAACUCCCGGAGAGGGAACUGGGGGAACCAGAUUGAGUUUGUCCUCACCAGUGUGGGCUAUGCUGUGGGCCUGGGCAAUGUCUGGAGGUUUCCAUACCUGUGCUACAGAAAUGGAGGAGGUGCCUUCAUGCUGCCAUACUUCAUCAUGCUUGUGUUCUGUGGCAUUCCACUCUUCUUCCUCGAGCUCUCCUUUGGUCAGUUUGCCAGCUUGGGCUGUUUGGGGGUUUGGAAGAUCAGCCCCAUGUUUAAAGGCGUGGGCUACGGCAUGAUGGUGGUGUCCACCUACAUUGGGAUAUACUACAAUGUGGUCAUUUGCAUUGCCUUCUACUACUUUUUCUUGUCCAUGACAAACCUGCUUCCAUGGACUUACUGCAACAACCCGUGGAACACGCCAGACUGCAGCGGUGUCGUUAGCAAUAGACACCAGUUCAACGCUAGCCUGGCAAAUGCUACCAGUAGCUUGGUAGCUGGGGUGUCUGAGAUAGUGAACCGGACCAAGAGGACCAGCCCAAGCGAGGAGUACUGGAAACACUAUGUGUUGAACAUCUCUGAUGAUAUUGGGAACUUUGGAGAGGUCCGUCUCCCUAUCCUGGGAUGCCUGGCUGUAUCCUGGACUGUUGUCUUCCUCUGUCUCAUCAGGGGCGUUAAAUCCUCUGGAAAGGUGGUGUACUUCACAGCUACAUUCCCUUAUGUUGUUCUGACUAUCCUCUUCAUCCGUGGCAUCACCCUGGAUGGAGCCAUCAACGGCAUUAAGUACUACCUGACUCCACAGUGGCAGAAAGUCCUUGAUGCAAAGGUGUGGGGAGAUGCCGCCUCACAGAUCUUCUACUCCUUGGGUUGUGCCUGGGGUGGUCUCAUUACCAUGGCUUCAUAUAACAAGUUCCACAACAACUGUUUCAGAGACAGCAUCAUCAUCAGUAUAACCAACUGUGCCACCAGCGUUUAUGCUGGCUUUGUCAUUUUCUCCAUCCUGGGCUUCAUGGCACACCACCUCAACGUCCCCGUGUCAGAGGUGGCUGAUCAUGGCCCGGGGCUGGCCUUUGUGGCCUACCCAGAAGCCCUCACUCUGCUUCCAAUCUCGCCGCUGUGGUCGCUGCUUUUCUUCUUCAUGCUCAUCCUUCUGGGACUGGGAACUCAGUUCUGUCUGCUGGAGACCUUAGUGACGGCCAUCGUCGAUGAAAUUGGUACAGACUGGAUCAUCAAGAACAAGACCGUAGUCACGCUGUCAGUGGCCGUAGUUGGUUUUCUACUGGGAGUGCCGCUAACGACACAGGCAGGAAUCUAUUGGCUUUUACUGAUGGACAACUAUGCUGCCAGUUUCUCUUUGGUCAUCAUCUCAUGCAUCAUGUGCAUCUGCAUCAUGUAUAUUUACGGCCACAGGAACUACUUCAAAGAUGUAGAGAUGAUGCUGGGCUUCCCUCCUCCUCUCUUCUUCAAAGUCUGCUGGAGAUUCAUCUCGCCUGUGAUUAUCUCUUUCAUCCUGAUCUUCACAGUGAUCCAGUACAAACCCAUUACUUACAAUGACUACGUGUAUCCCGGCUGGUCCUUGGCUAUUGGCUUUGCCAUGGCUCUGUCCUCGGUGGUCUGCAUACCCAUCUACGCCCUCUACAAGAUCUCAAAGUCACCAGGAGCUACCUUUAGAGAGAGGUUGAAGGCUGCGUGCCGAGCGCAUCCAAAGUGGGGUCCUGCCCUCCAGGAGCACCGGACAGGCCGCUACGCCCCUAUGGCCUCCGAAGACACUGUGGAGGCCCGUCCCUUAAAGGAGAGGGAUGAGCUGAAGGAAGAACAAAAGGAGAAGGAGAAAGAGAAGGAGGAGGGAAAGGAGAAGGAGAGGAAGGAUGAGAUUAGCCUCACCAUCCAGGGAAGCAACGGCUCCACCAACAUACACAACAACCCCAACCCCAGCGCAUAGACGGCUCUCCGCUCUAUCGGCAUCAGGGGGCAAAAGCCUCACACCUUUCCCUUUUCCUCCCUUCUCCUUCAUCCUCAACCCCACUUUCCCACAGUCCUCUGUGGGGGAGAUCCCAUUCACUGGAGACCUUUACAUAUUGUAAGGGCUUAUUAUAUCUAUCCUAACCUCUUCUAUCUAUCUGUGUGUUGUCUCUACAUAAGUGCAGAAAAACAAAAUGAAAGGAAGAAAAAAAAGAAAAAUUGGCUCAUCACCCAAAAGAUUUGUGCGUAUGGCAUCAUGUGCAUGAGUGAGUUUUUAAUUUGUUCUACAUAAUUUAAUAAUAUUUGGGGGGGUUUUUCCUUUCAUUUUUUUUUUUUGUGAAACUUGUAUACGUCAUCUUCAUAUGCCAUUAGAGGUACAGUAGAUUGUGAUGCUGCAUGGUUAUGUUUUUGUGCAUGCAGCAGCAUAGAGACACACACUGUUCUCCUUUAUACCGUUAGCUGGUUCUGUUUGGGAUGGGCGACUUUGUAGCGGCAGCUGGAGACUUGUUGUGGUGCUGUAACAUGGAGGAGAAGGGUAAAAUGUGCCUGUACGGGCCAUUUACAGUCUGACAAAGAUGGUAAAAGGCUCUGUUGUUUAGCCAGACAAAAAAAAGAGGCGAAUACUCUCAUUCACACUCAUACAAUCUGUAUAUUUUACAGCACACAGUGACCUCAACCGUAGUUGAUCUCAGUUUAAGACUAAGCCUGUUGUUUUUUUUAUGCUGCUUCUUCUUAUAAAGGAAAAAAAAUCGAAAGAGCACAAAUAUUUAACAAACACCCAAGAUGACAACUGACACUUAGGGCUUAUUUUCUCUGGAAAUUUCCUCCACUGGUAACUUUUUUUCCUCCUACUAAAGCUGCUUAAACCUUAAGCAGAGAAACAUCAGUGAGCUGUACUGUAACUCUGCAUUCGCAUACAUGUGCACACAUAAACACACAUGCAAUCAUUGUUUUUAACAGAAGAGGUCCCAGUGCCCAAUUCUCUGGAUCGAAGCGAAAGUGAACUUUGUGGUUCCUCGCUAGUGGAAACCUUGCUUCGACUGAGUUGGCCUGUUCUAGAUUUUAGGGACUUUCCUUGCUGUCCAAAAACGCAUACGCAUACACGCAAACCAGGUCAAUGCAACUCCGUAUAUACAAGUAUAUAAAUAUAUAUAUAUAGAAGUGCCAUCUCUUAUUAAGUCUUCCAGAAAUUCUGUUUGAGUGAAACUCAUCAUGAGAUUUGAUCUGUGAAGGAGAAUCCAGGCUAGGAAGUAUUAAAAAGUGUGCCGUAGUCUGUGUGUCCUAUGGGUCGUAGCAAUCUGCCCCAUUCAGGCAUGUUACCAAAAACAUUUCCUAAGUUACCUGAGUCCUACACAUGUUUUUGGUAACACAUGUUUCUCAGAGACUGAAACGUCAGUCACUUACAGUCAGUGUAAACCUUUAAUGUAUUUACAGACAUUUGUUUUUAAAAGCUCUGAGCCAAGCUGUGCUGUAACUGGCAGAGACGGAAAGCAGAGAAGACGCUGCUUCUUUCCAGAAGAAAAACCUUUUCAUUGAUGUAGUUUUACAUAUAGCUGCAUAGUACUGUCUCGCUAGACGUCUCUUUAUUACCUCUAAUUCUUGUAAACUUAGUAAAUAGUAACGACCGCAUAUGUUUAUUUUGUACAAAAAAAGUGACACUACGGAAUCACCUUUAACCGUGUUUACCAUUCCUCAUCUGUUACUUGACUUAUUGUGGUUAUGUCGGAGGGUGACACGCAGUAGGGAGUGGACUCUUUAGCAUGCAGGGUGGGGCUUCCCCGGAGAUCGGAAGGCCUCUGGCAGACUGCUGUAGAAGUGUGGUGUCAGAGAUUUAUAUGGUGGUGUGAAGGAAGAACAAGGCAAGGGUUUUCUAUUCACUCCUCCUUAGAUGUUGUGAGAUGCUUUUAGCUUGAAAGGCAAAGUUGUCUCUUCAGGUCCAGGUUCUUACAGUUUGUCAGAUUAUCCAGACUGGUUAAAUGAGUGCUGUGAUGUGCAGGCAGUGAACAUGUUAGUAUAAUAAACCAAACUGUCUAUUAUAUUCCCCAUAUUUAUUUGUAGAAACCAUAUUCACUUUUUUGCUCAGAGUUGGAGUAGAAUAUCGAUGUCAAUCUCAUAGCUAUAGUUGGCUUACAUUAGCAUAACAACUGGACUACAGCUAGCCCAGCGCUGUGUCUUGGCUGGUGUCUCAGUCAUUAACAGGCAACUUAUUUCAUUUUCGGUUUAAAAAAAAAAGUAAUAUAAAGAAGAAAUAUAGCAAAUUCAUUUUUAAUUAGUGGCCAUUUGAAGAGCAGGAUGUGAAUUUUUCUACACAGUCACAGUUGCCUAAGCUAACGCUGUAAGCUUAGCUAACACAAGCUGUAGUGUAUUCAGUCUUUAACUUUUAGUAAGAACGUAGAGUAAGCACACUCCCAAAAAUGGUAAAUGAUUCAGUACAUACCUAUAUCUGAUGUAUUUAAGCACAAUGUCACCGUGAACUGGCACAUAUUCUUGUGACUCUAGGAAAAGCGCAGGGGUAGCAUUGAUAGCUACAUACUGCUUUAUUGGAGGGCCUUCUUUUGACCGUGCCAGAGCACUUUCACAGUUUACUUCUACUCUUAAUGGAACUGAGCCGUCAUUAAUUGCAUCUGUGACCAAUAAAAUGUCAAGAAACAAGUUCAGGUCCCCACAGUUGUUUCUUCAGAAGCAGAAAGUGUUUUUUAGUAUAUCAGCGCAGUUGCUCCGGUAAUCCACAAGAUGGAGCACAAGAUUGGGGGGUGGAAAAGUUGGCUGAAGAGGCUAAAUAUCCUGAAAGAAACAUUAAGAGCACAGUGAGCAUUCUAAGAUGAGCACAAUUCUACUGAUCGUAUUUAAGGAGCUUUUGCACAGGAAAGGAAAGCUGAUAGGAAGCUGUUCUUGUAGAUGAACUUUAGUUGGUUAGCCGACUGUUUGGACCCUCUGGUUCUGAUUUACUCCUAAACUAUCAGGCUACAUGUGGUGGAUUUUUUUUUUGUUUUGUUUUGGGGUUUUUUGGCAGGGGGGCGAUUAGUGUUUAUUUCUAAUUAAAUUACUCCAAAACCAGGUGCUCUGUGAAACGAUACAUUAUCACCACCUGCUAACCUAGCUUAACCUACCACGUUGGAUAGGUUAGGAAGUCUGCUUUAUAGGUAAGGUCGUGCUUGCUGAAAAAGAUGAUGAAGAACUUGAUUAUUCUCAGUGUAUGUCGGGACAGCUUGUAGCUCAGACCACGUCCUGUCUGUGAUUGCCUGCCUCGUUGUGUUCAUGUUGUAAUAAGUGAAGAUUAGCCAGCCUGCUGCAAUGCUAUCUCUAUAUAUUUCAACCCUGGCCACCUCUGCUGGCCCCCGCAUCUCCUCCUCACAUUGUACAGUAAUGUAAAGAAAAACGUAUAUAAUCAGACUGUGCGUGUUUUACUUUGCUUUUAUUUCUGGGGUGGGUGUUCAUUUUUUUUUUUCUUUCUUUUUGGGGGGUUGGGUCUUGAGGGGCAGAUAUUGACUGAGGUUUUUUGUUGUUGUGUUUGUUGUUGUUGUUGUUUUCAGUUUUUAUUUGGGUUUUUUCCCCCUGAUUUGUAGUGUAAUGUAGAAAAUGUCGAGUGUACUGUGUAUUGUGUGUAGUGGAUUAGCUCUAACUGCUGAGCCUGCAUGUAGAGCAGGCGUAGUGUCAGUAUUGAUGUCCAUGUACCUCUAAUCUAGUCCUACUCUGCUAAUCAUAUACAGUCUUUCUUUUGUACUAAAAGAAGGACAAGUACAUAUUAUUUCCUCUGAUUUUAACCGUCGUUUAUCCACGUUCAGUGAUGCAACUUUUUGUUGGUUUUUGACACUGUAUCCACAGAGAAAUUCCGACGAAGCCAGCUGGUAUUAACAAAAGCAUUGCCAAACAAAAAGCUUUGUAUUGAAACUUGAACUACAAAAGAGUGGUUAGUUUUUACUGUGUGCUCUGGUGUAGACAGUGGCAGCCACUACAUGACAAUGCUUUUUUUUUUGUUUUUUGUAUGUGUGUGUGUUUAACAGUAUUACAUUGACUUUCAUCUGUGCAGUGCCAACAGUCAUACAUCACUGUUUACUUUUAAUAUCCUGUGGCCCUCAGCGUGAACAGUUUGCCUUUUUUUUCCUGUGUAGUCCUUAAAAACAAAAAAAAUUAAUGAAAUCAAAACACCAAAAUUACUCAGCAACCACGAUGGAAUCGGCAUCAGGAAUACACAGUUUUUAUUCUUGCGUGUAAUGUUGUUUUGUGUGGAAAUGUAGGCAAAUUACAUGGCAUAUGUUUCAGAAAUGGGUCCAUCUAUUGUUUGGUUUUGAUUAACUAUGAUUUCUUGAUAACUGCAUGAAUAGAAAGAUAAAACUUGACUACUUACCAUUGCUUUCCACUGCUGGCGGCUGUGCAGAAUGUCACUGGUGUUGAUGAAGAACAUUAGCUAGGCAAAGGUUUGCAGGACAACUGCUCCACUGUAGUGAAAAAACAAAACAUUUUUUGCAUUUUGCAUUGCUUUCUCUGUGAAUUACAAAACAUUACCUCUUGUAUUUCAUACUACUGGUCAUAAAAGCAUAAUGUCAUGUCACAGCACUUUAAAGAGAUCAUGAGUGUUUAUAUAAGCAACACAAUGUAUAAAUAUAUAAUUACAAUAAUAACUCAAACUUCCAUUUUUUUAAAAAUUAAACAAAACAAGAAAAGUAAAUCAUGUCUGUUCAAUGUUCUGGCUGAAGGACAUUGCUUUGUUGUUGCUAUGCCAAUGUGAAUUGUUUCAUGGGUGGAGUGGAGGGGGAAAAAGCACAAGUAAAAAAGAAAAAAUGAAAAGAAAAGAGAGCACAGUUCUUCUGGUACCUUCUAUCAUAUCUGUCUGUGUAUCUAACCAUGUCUGUUCUUCGUGUUCUUCAACCUUUAGGGCCAAAAUUCAUUGAAAUGUCUUAGUCCUGUCAGCUGUGUAUCGUAAACUGUUGAAUUACAAAAUGAUAAAUAAAAUCUAUUUUAAAGAUCA